ACACACACACACACACACACACAAAGUGCUUCCUUCCCUCACUUUGCCCUUCCUCUCUUUCUGCUCCACUUCCUCAUUGUAGCCUCAUUUCAUCAUUUCAAGUUCCAUAAACUCUCACGCUGCUCUGUGUGUGUUCACAUUUAAAAAGGAGGGAAUGGGGAUGAAUGCCACAAACACUAAUUCACGUGCUCUUUUACUGAAUAAACCUGCAGAAUCUAUGGGUCAUUUAAGCCUGAAUAAUGCAUGUCAAUGUGUUCUUAAUGUGAAAAAACAUUGUGUCUCCCCCCUUAAUUAAUUAAUUCAUUCAUUCAUUCAUGUUUAUGUCUGAUUUACUUGACACAGAGCUGAGCUGCAUCUCAAAUUAAUCUUCAGGUUCCCACCAUUCAGAUUACCACUUCUAUGUGACAUCUACUGUUGACCUGCUAUCUCCCCCCAAAGACCCCAUGUACCCCCUAACAAAGACAAAAACGGGUCUAUUGUGGCUCUCAGAGGGUUACGAUCCAAUCUCUGCAGUGUUGCACUGAUUUGCAUCCUGUGAUUCUGAUAAAUCUGAUGAAUGCACGUGUUUUUAUAUUCUGCUUAUGCAACAGUAACAAUAUACCACUCAAAGACGAUGCACAUUUGCUUUUUGUUUUCUAUUGUAAUAAUCCCUGUAGAAUCCGGUGCACGGUUUAUCAUUUGAAGACCCCAUCAUAUGACCGCCUCGUCUGCUGUUACAUAACCGCUGACAGCCAGCCAGCAGCCAGUGGGACACAUCUGCCAGGAGAUGGCAGCCUCCCGCCACAUAGAGAAAUCAAGAGAUCAACGGGACAUGUCACAAUGUAUGUUUUGCAUUGAGGGGGAGCUGAAAAGUCCCCGGAUUGGACCGUAAACAAGCAGCAUGAGAGAGUGUGGGAGACGGACGGAUGACAGAGUGAAGGUCUGUGUGGAUGCUGCUGUGCGCGGACACGGACACGGACGCGGACCAACACCGCGACGCUGCUUCAGGGCGUCGGUGUUGUCACGGUAAACCGGGAGACAUCAUCCAGCGCUCGCUGGGGACAAAGAAAGGAGGCUACACUGAAUUCUGCGUUUAAGAGAGAAGAGGAAAAGCACAAUAAACCAUUCAGAGGACAAAGUCGGAGAGCAUCAUCCUCCACUGCCCAGCCUUCAUAUAGACUAUGGUGGACAUUUCAAAUCUCCCUUUUCUUGACCACCCAGGAGAGGCAAUGGAGAGUUAAAUCACAUGCUCCCUCACGAGUGACAACAAACCAAACCUCAUUCUCCAGUGCUUCGAGACGCCCCUGAAUCCUUUCUGGAAGCUUAUAGAGCAACAGAAACUUUCCUAAAGUAAUUUUAUCAUCUCACUCAAAAGGAAGCGUUCUGAUUAAAGUCAGAAACAUUUCAUGUUUUUCCAGUGAGGGAAACAAGAGACCCAGCUACGGUCCACUGGAGGGUCUUAGAGAAGCUUUUGGGGAACGUCGACUUGGAGGAUCAGAUCGCUGCCGUGACGGAGGUGAUGGGUAACAAAAACGUCAUCCCGCCAAAAGGCCCCGACACUGGGACAACGCAGAAAGAGGAAGGAGUGUGCAUCGAUAGUGCCACAGGAAGUGUCUCCAGAGAUGAAGUGCUGGGCCCCAGCCCGGAGCUGCUGGCCUCCCUGCAGUCCCUCAGAGAAAACACUGACUACACACUGCUGCCACACUCCCUGCACCAGAUUGCAGAGGCCUACUCGCUCAAAGAGGAUUACCAGUGGGCCAUCCAGUUCCUUGAGCUGGAGAAGCUCUACCAUGAACGUCUGCUCUUCAACCUCGCCGCCCUGCAGGACAACUGGGAGAGCCAGUGGAAAGAGAAGAAGAGCGAUGAAAGCAGUUUGCCCGCUGAGACAGACGGCAUCAGUCAGAAACACAUCGAGACGCUGAACCAGAUCUGCAGGACACACCUCCGACCCUCCAUCAGUGUGGAGCAGAACACGCUGAAUGCAACACUGAAAGACACCGAAAGCACGAACAAGACACUACAACCCUGCCAUGAUGAAGUCAACAGGCCUGAAACAACACACCAGGAUGAAGAACAAGAGCGAAGCAUGAACCCAGAGUCGGGGCUUCCCUUACCACAGACAGGCCAUCAUGAAGGAGGUGAGGAGGAGGAGGAGGAGGAGAGGGAAGAAGAAGAAGAAGGAGAGAUGUAUGAGGAAGGACAGGAAGUAGAAGCGGAGGAGGAGGAGCUGUGUGAGGAAACGCCAGAGGAGGAGGUGAAGGUGGAGUGGCCAACAGGAGUCCCCCAGGCUUCGGACAAGGACCUGGCCAAGCUGUCCAACACAGAGGGGAGUUCCUCCCCAGAUGGUCUGGUGUCCAUUCUGAAGAGGAGGAGAGCAUCGCUGGAUGGAUUACCUCCCCAGAGCGACAUUGAUACCAAACAGAACUCCAAACGCAAAGUUCGCUUCAGUGAACCAGAGGACGGCACUGAGCAAGAUGAGGUAGGCGGAGAUUCCUGCCUGAUCCUGCUGCUGCUGUGUCUGGUUACCGUGGUGAUCAGCAUAGGCGGGACCGCCCUCUACUGCACGCUGGUGGACACUUACUCCAACAUUUGCACCGACUUCACUCACAAUGUCGACUUCUACAUCACGAACGCACGGAGGUUCUUCGAAGGGCUCGGACACUGGCUGCCUCUCCGGAGUUAGACCCUUCAAUUGCCAUUCCAGAUGUUUCAGACACCUGUGCUGUAACGGACAGUGUAAAAGAGAGAGAGCGGGGAUGAGAGAGUUCCUGAGCACGACUCCAAUCUGCAGCAACAAGGGACCAACAUAGACUGGAGCUUUUUUUCCUUUGGCUCAUUAAGACUCAUGAAUUUGAGCUAUCAGCCUCAGAUUUAGGCCUAACUAAUAGGUGCUCAAAGCAACACUAAACAGUAAAAACCGUCGCAAGCGUGCAUGUUGUGGGAUCAGAGUUUACUGUUUACUACUGUUUGUGUGGAUAUUUCAUCUUAUGCUGAACAUUGCAGAUGCCACACAAGAGGGCUCACAGCUCUCAACAAUAUUUCUAUUUUAACAGAAGAAGUAGUUUAUCUAUGUGAAAAUGUUUCCCUACAUUACAUUCCUAGCUGUCAUAGCUUUGUCUUUUGUUCCAGAAGCUUUCUUGUUCUGGCGGUUAUAUUUUGACUUAUGUCUUUAGAAUCAUUAGGAUCGUGUGUGUGUGUGUGUGUGUGUGUGUGUGUGUGUGUGUGUGUGUGUGUGUGUAUGUUUUUGAAUGAUUAAUGGGUCAAAAGAUGAUAUUUAAAUUCAUGUUACCAUUGUCUUUUCCUCUGUUGACACAUUUCUAUUAAAGUGGAAGUGAAACAGUCAA